GAGAAGGACGGAGCCGGGCUGUUGCUGCCUCCCUCGCUCACUCCCUCGCGCUCUCGCCCGCCCCCUCCCUCCCUCCCCUCCCUUCCCCGGCCCCGGCUCCGGCCCCGGCCCAUUCGCUGUUCGGUCUUCCGCAGGGAGGAUGUCGGGCUCGUCGCUCCCCAGCGCGCUGGCCCUCUCGCUGCUGCUGGUCUCUGGCUCCCUCCUCCCGGGGCCGGGCGCCGCUCAGAACGCUGGGUUUGUCAAGUCGCCCAUGUCAGAAACUAAGCUCACUGGGGACGCCUUUGAGCUGUACUGUGACGUGGUCGGGAGCCCCACGCCAGAGAUCCAGUGGUGGUACGCAGAAGUCAACCGGGCAGAGUCUUUCAGACAGCUGUGGGACGGUGCUCGGAAGCGCCGUGUCACCGUAAACACCGCCUACGGGUCAAACGGCGUGAGUGUGCUGAGAAUAACCCGGCUCACCUUGGAGGACUCUGGGACUUACGAGUGCAGGGCCAGCAACGACCCCAAGAGGAAUGACUUGAGGCAAAACCCCUCCAUAACAUGGAUUCGAGCCCAGGCCACCAUAAGCGUCCUUCAGAAGCCAAGGAUUGUCACCAGUGAAGAGAUCAUUCUUCGAGACAGCCCUGUUCUCCCCGUCACCCUGCAGUGUAACCUCACCUCCAGUUCUCAUACCCUUACAUACAGCUACUGGACAAAGAAUGGGGUAGAACUGACCGCCACUCGCAAGAAUGCCAGCAACAUGGAAUACAGGAUCAAUAAGCCGAGAGCUGAGGAUUCAGGCGAAUACCACUGUGUAUAUCACUUUGUCAGUGCUCCUAAAGCAAAUGCCACCAUUGAAGUGAAAGCUGCUCCUGACAUUACUGGCCACAAACGGAGCGAGAACAAAAAUGAAGGGCAAGAUGCCAUGAUGUAUUGCAAGUCAGUUGGCUACCCACACCCAGAGUGGAUAUGGCGCAAGAAGGAGAAUGGUAUGCCCGUGGACAUUGUCAAUACCUCCGGCCGUUUCUUCAUCAUCAACAAGGAAAAUUAUACUGAGCUGAGCAUCGUGAAUCUCCAGAUCACAGAAGACCCUGGCGAGUAUGAAUGUAAUGCUACCAACUCUAUUGGCUCUGCCUCCGUUGUCACCAUCCUCAGGGUACGGAGCCACCUGGCCCCACUCUGGCCUUUUUUGGGAAUUCUGGCUGAAAUCAUUAUCCUUGUGGUGAUCAUUGUUGUGUAUGAGAAGAGGAAGAGGCCGGAUGAAGUUCCUGACGAUCAUCAGGCAGAUUGAGCUUGAGGAGAAUCCAGGUCAAGCCUAGAAGCCACCCCAAGAUCGCAGGCCACCUGGCCUUGCAGGCAGAUUUAAGGUAUCUAAUUGGUUGUCACAUGGUUGCCGGGUAGAGCCCUUGUAGGUUACUGCCCCAACCCCUUCAGACCAUUCUCGAGAAGAGCCAUUGGAGCAAGCCAGCCUUUGGUUCCCUUGGUUGGUCCCUGUGAUGGGUUUUCAAGGUUCUGGGUGAAACAGGCACCAAGCAUUUGGCUUUUCUGUCCCACAAGAAUGGUGGAGUCUGAUGCAUCCAUCACCUCUAGUUUGAAGACCAAGACAGCUCAGCAGUAACACCUGGAGCCUGUGGCCCGAGUGGCACCCUCAGGCUGACUUAGGGCCAGAGGUGGAACUGGAUAGGGACACCAGGACUACAGUGAAAACAAGUGUGGGAAAGAACAAGAAUCUUAGAUUUUUGGACAUGUUUCAGUCAGGAAAGCCCUAGGAAAUCUUUGUGGCGGGUGUUUUGCUUUGGGGGGGUUUUGGGUCAUACACCAUUUCUAACCCCAGGAUUACAGUCGGGGGCAGCUGCUGCUGGAGACUCGUGUCAGUAGUACUUUGAGCUUCCUGACUAGCUCCGCCCCUUCCACCCGGUGACAUUGCCAUCAAGUUAAUAGCCAGCCUGCGAUUACCACCACUUGCUUGUCGCUCUGUGCGCCUAAGUCCAGUGGAGGCUGGCCUCAGGUGACGGUGAGGAUGCCAACUGUGGCGCGACCGCCCUGGGCCUACGCUUGUGCGCUGUGGGUUCUGUGCCCUGCCCGCAGAGUAGCUGACCAGCAGGACUGCAGCCCCCAUCAGGUGUGUCCGUGGAGCAUUCCUGAGGGAGGUCCGGUGCUCCCUCGGAGGGCGUGCAGCCUUGCUGGUGGCUUCAGCCUCUCUGGAAGGCCGUGUUUGAGGGCAAUGCCUCUUCCCGUUACGUCCUCUCUUCUCAGCGCCUCCAGAAUCUCUCUGCCUGCCUGAGGUGGAAGAGAGCAUUACAGUGAGGCCGGCGGUGACGUCUGUUGAAACUAGCAAGGCGCCUGGGAAGCCCGGGUCGCCCCUGCCCGCGCACGUCAUCCGCACGUCAUCCGCAGUGCUCCAGCGGAGGGGCGAGGGGACGGGCGAGGGGACGUCCGCUGGAAGCCAGCGGGCCUGCUCCCUGCACGAGCUGGUGUGCCUCCGGGACCUUACGUGCCUCCUCGUGGGGCCCCAGGACUGCUGUUCUGUGAGGUGAAGGGCGUUCUCGGAUCCUCACAUGCAGAAUGCUUUUCCCUCUAGUUUUUCUCUUUCCUGCUACAAAUUAGGAUCCCAAGGCAGAAUUCUUAGCUGUCGGCCUGCGAGUAAAGGGAGGUGGUGUGCAUUUCCCUCUGGCUCUCCAGGAGCGGCUGUCCCGUUCUGCAGGGACUUGUCAUCCCUUCAGAAUGCGUUGGUUUUGCUGAACACCUUGCUCAGCCUUCCCUUUGGAAAGGUAGAGAAGCAAAAAGGGAAGAAAAGGCAAAGACGGGCUUUUGAACCUGAUUUUUUAUCAUAAGAUGAGGCUGCUGCCACUCCCUUGGCAGAGUGACCCUUUGGCUUAGCAUGUUCCCCUCAGAGGUUCCAGUCUUCCUCGUAGGCAGCUGCUUUGUUCUCUUACGUGUGGAGACAUUCGGGUUAGGUUUCAGAGGUGGUUGGUAUUGGAUCUGACAAGUGCAGACACCUGCCCGAGGAAGCAGCUCUUGUUUUUUAAGAGAGAGCGAGAACUCCAUGGCUCUCGAACUCCAGGGGCCGCCAGUUAGGUAGUAGAGACCUGUGUGGUCAGCAAGUCUUCUGAAUGGCUUCCCGAAGGGAAGGUACCUCUUUUAAGUGAAAUUUUUAUAGAAGCGGAUGAAUCCUACAUAAAAGAUGUGGGUAAGUGCAAAGUAAAAUCUCCUUGCUCUGGUCUCUUGGAAGAACUGGAAUGUAAGCAGCAUUUACUUUUCUGUUGUUGAAUUGGGGCGACAGACCUGGGACGCUGGGAUUAUCGCAGUGUUCGCCUCCUCUCCGCUCCCUUCCCGACAGCCAGCGUGCUCCAGGCUCCAUUCUCCAUCUCCACACCCCUGCCUUGCUCCAGCAUUUCUGCCCCCGUUUUCUUUUUUGUCUCCCUCCUCCUCUCACCGCUUCCUACUCCUGUGCCCCCUUUAUUUAUUGUCCCCUUGGAUUUAAUCAUUAAAGAAAAAAAAAAGCUGA